UUGCAAAGUCAUUUGUAACGUUCGUAUCGUAACCAUGAAAAUAUGUAUAUUUUAUUAUUACAUUUUAUUCAUCUGUGAUUAACUGUUUCAUUGUAUUUUAUAAUCUUAGUUCAGUAGGUAAAUACCUUACCUGCCCUUGUAUAAUUUGCAGGUACCAUCUGUUUGCAGGGUAAUGUCUACCUCAAGCAAUAUUUCGCAGUCUGUCUCAGAACCUGAAACACCACAGAGCACAAAUCAAAGUAGAAUUCAAAAUUUUGAUCAAUCAUUGAAUCAUGUGGAACUUGGCCACAGCAUUGAGCAGUCCUUGAAGAGUGCUCAAAAAGAGGUGCACCAAAAGAGAAUUCAGUUUCUAAGAAAAGAACUUGACUAUUUGAAAUCUACUGAAUGGAAGUUUGAGUUUGAUAAGGGAUUUCUCCAGUAAAUGUGUCAAAAUGAUUUCAUAUUUUUUAUCAUUCUUUAGUAACUGGUUUUCUAAAAAUGUGGAUGAUGAUGACGAUGAUAAAGAAAACUUUCUUGCUGAAGAGCUGCUAGAUUUAGAAGUGACAGAACCAACCAGUUAUGAAUUGGAACCAGUACAACCUGAAAUACCAAGAGGCUCUGUAUGUUUUAAAAAGACAGGUAUAGUAACAGUCAUUGAAGAAGAUCGGUAUAUCCUAAUAGAUGGUAUUCUUUAUUACGACCUUUCAACUUGCUGCAUCAAUUUGAAAGUGAAAGACAAAGUUUUGUAUCUUGCCUAUAAAGAUUCUAAUGACUCUAUAAUAGUUGUAAGGAUCCUGGAAAACCAGGGCAUAUGCUGGGAGGAUGAAAAAGAGUUUGAAAAAGAAGGAGAUAGUUUUCAAGUUAUAGAACACACACUGGUAGGAGAAGUGGAUGACAGGGAAGAUCGGUUUGUUAUAAUAAAAGGCAAUGAAUAUGACAGAUUGAAAUUCAACCUGGACAAUGUGGAAGGGACUAUUGUGCCAGUGAAAGGGGACUGGUUAGAGUUAAAAUGCAAAGUGCAGUAUGAUGAAAAUCAUCCAACUGACAUUUCAGCUGCUCAGGUAUUGCAAGUUACAUCAUUCAAACCAUUGAGAACUAAAAUUAAGACUGCAACUAUAUCAAAUUGGUUUGGUGAAUACGGCAGCUGUGAUCGUCAGAUUUACUUCGACAAACAAUCUUUACAAAAUGGUGUUACGCCAACAGUUGGUACUAAGGUUAUUGUUGAAGCCAUUGAAAGUAUCCAAGGAACGUGUACAUGGAGGGCUAUAAAAGUGGUUAUUCUUGAUAAUGGAGCUCCUGUUAAUGAAAAUACUACAGUCGGUGAUGACUAUGAGGAAACUAGCAGUGUAGAAAGUGAAAAAAAUUUAGAAGUGACAAAAUCAAUAAAAUUUGAUAAUGUUAGUAUCCAACAAACAGCUGUCCUCCAAAUAAAUAUUACAAAUAAAAGCAAUGACACUCACAUUUUGAAUAAAUGGAUUAUGCUUAGUAGAAAACGUGAUUCGCAAGUUGACAUCGAGCCGUUCUUAAGUCGGCCUAGAAAGAUUUUUCCACAGGAUACAUUUUCUCUCAAUGUAACUUGUAAACCAAAAUUUUUAGGAAGUACCACAGAAUGUUUGGUACUUUCAUUCAAAGGGUUUCAAAUUAAACGAUUUAUUGACAUGAACAUUGUCGAUAAAACUAAUUCAAAUGGCAUUAGAAAUGAUAUACUUUACAAGUCGGAAAGUGAAAAAAUAGGAAUUAUGCGGAAGAUAAGAAAUAAUGGAACUAUGACAAUAAUACCAGGUGUGAGGCCCGUGAAGCCACCAGCCUUUAUACCAGUCAAACUUGGCAUGUUUCCUAUACCAGACAAAGUGUGGUCAGCUGUGCUAGGUGAUUCAGAACAAACAAUAUAUGGAUCUGACUUUCAUAAUAUUUUGGAUAGAAUUGAGACUUAUUUACCAUGCCUAAUUCAAGAUUUAAAUAUUAAUAACUAUAUUGACAAAUGGCAUACAUUGUUAUAUAUGGAAGAAAUACAGGCAAAUAUAAGUAUGAGGGCAUAUGAUACGCCCAAAGCCUUCUUGAUACGAUGCCAGGAAUAUCUUUGUCUUGAAAUAAAAGGUCUGGCAGAGAGGAGACCUUCACUUAUAAAAGGUGAUCGAGUGAUCGUUAAAGAUAUCUGGAGUGACAGUGCCCCACAAUACGAAGGGUUCAUUCAUGCUAUCAAAAAUGAUAUGGUUCUUAUUCAGUUUAACCGACAUUUUCAUGAGACAUACUCUGGGAGUGAUGUUUCAAUAGAAUUUCACUUCACCCGGACUAUGUAUAGAAGAGCACAUCAAGCAGUAAAUCUAGCUAUAUCUAAUUUGGGGCCCGAUAUUCUUUUCCCACGUCGACUUACAUCUCGCAGUCAUCAAGUACCAUCUGAACAUAUGCAAAACAUUAAAUGGUUUAACAAUAGUAUAAAUUCAGGCCAAAAAUCUGCUAUUACUAACAUUUUAAUUGGAGAAUGUCGCCCACUACCAUAUUGUAUAUUUGGGCCCCCUGGUACGGGUAAAACUAUUACAGUUGUAGAGACUAUUUUACAAAUACUAACUCUAAUGCCAGACAGCCGAAUUUUAGUAGCAACUCCAUCUAAUAGUGCUGCAAAUUUAUUGAUGGAAAGACUUAUUAAAUAUAGGGAUGUAGUUCCCAAUUCCAUAAUAAGACUGAUAGCCAGUUAUUUGGUAGAUUCAGAUAACAUUCCAGACAUAAUUAAACCAUUUUGUGCAACAAUGGACAUCGCAGCGAAAGAUUCUUCGAAACCAAAACAUGUAGUGAAAGAUGGGAUAAAUCUCAACUGUCAAUCUUCGUAUAUAGGAAGACAUCGGGUUACGAUCGGCACUUGUAACUGUCUCGGCGCUCUAGCGCAGAUGGGUUUGCCUAAGGGUCACUUCAGUCACAUUAUCAUUGAUGAAGCAGGUCAGGCCACUGAGCCAGAAAUAAUGAUACCACUGACGUUUCUAGAUAAAGAUAAUGGGCAAGUUAUUCUUGCUGGUGAUCCUAUGCAACUGGGACCAGUGAUAAUGUCAAAAUAUUGUCAAAAUUACGGCAUGGAUGAGUCUUAUCUUUCACGAUUGCUUGACACCUAUCCUUACCAAAAGGAUUAUGCUGCAUACGCCGAUGGCUACGAUUAUCGACUGGUCACAAAAUUAAAUGACAAUUACAGGUCAUUGGAGACAGUUUUAUCAUUGCCUAGUGAAUUGUUUUACGAUUCAACUCUCGUUGCUAAGAUUGAUCAAAACCAGCCAUGGUUAAAGAAGCUUCAAAAUGAUAUUUCAGAAAUUCUAGAUCUACCAAACGCAAAUACUGGAGGUAUCUAUGUGCAUGGUAUUAGGGGCGAGAAUUACAGAGCAGAAGACAGUCCUUCCUGGUAUAAUCCACAUGAAGCAUCAAUGGUGGCACUUACCACAUGUAAAUUGUUUAAGAACAAAAUCAAUGCUGAUGACAUUGGCAUAAUAACACCUUAUAUAGCUCAGAUAAGACAUUUAAGACUGCUGUUUGAAGCUAUGGGUCUACCACAACCAAAGAUUGGGACUGUUGAAGAGUUCCAAGGACAAGAGAGGCCAAUUAUACUUAUAUCAACUGUGCGGGCAUCUGCUUCUCACCUUGCUGAAGAUCAUAAGCAUGUAUUGGGUUUUGUGAAGAACCCUAAAAGGUUAAAUGUAGCUUUAACAAGAGCUCAAGUAGCAGUUUUGUUAUUCUGUGACCCACAUCUUCUAAGUAGGGAUCAAUUGUGGCGGAAUGUUAUCCAACGAGCUGUAAAAGAAGAUAAAUAUGUAGGCUGUAAUCUACCCAGUGCCGUGUUUGAUGAUCAAGAGAGAUUUUAAGUUUAGGGUAUCUAAUAAAAUCUUUUAAUA